AUGAAGCCGAAUAUCAAGACACUCUCAAUUUCCUAUCUCACUUUUCUUUCUCUCAGUACUUUUCCGACUCCCACAGAUGCCUCCGCCAGUGGUGCUCUGGGGCUCGUCGCACCCAUGGGGGAUUUGAGAACCGAAGACCCUAUCGCAUCCGCUCUCGUUCAUGGAUGCCCCCAAUCAUGUACUACUCUAGGGUCCGACCCUGCGAAAUGGACCCAGAUCCACGACCUAAACAUCCUUGAGCGGUGCAAGGGAUCGACUCUGUUCGCCUUCAACAUUCAGAACGAGCUGGAUGUUAAUACACCCAUGGUCUCUUGUUCAUUUCUCGAGGAGUAUCCCAAGCGUGUGUUGCCAAAGGUAGCACAGGCCACUUGGGAAAAAAUAAACACAGAAGACAUUGACGCUGUGAGCGAGCAUAUAAUGGGCUCUGGAAGCUGCGGCGCCACCGUAAGCCCCAUGGAGGUGGUUCUUCAAUCUGGCAAUGUUGGAGACCUGGGCUCAGGAUCUAACUUUACCAACAAUGCCGUCGCUGCUGUGAAGAAUUUGGCCUCUUACAUGGCUGAUGCUUCAUCUUGCGGGACAACUAUUCUCUUUUCUAAGAAAGAAGACUCCGUGGCUGCGCUGUACGCUGGUGCAGAUGUUUUGCACACAGAUGUGGGCGACACGCUUGAUCAUUUUGGGCUAGUACGUCCACAUGAAAUCAACUUCCACCCUUCCUUCCUCUUUAUCGCCCUGCGGUACAUCCCCACCAAUGAGGUUGAACAGGGAGCCCGAGCUGUUCAGGUUUGCGAUGCAAACUCGGAAAGGGCUAGAACAAUUGGCCUGUUUGUUGCUCGGUCUGUCGACGGCCUUGGUGACGCUCAACGGGCUCUCCAGACCUGGGCUAGCGGUGAAUGCAUCUCCCUUGCGAACUUGAAGACAUCAGAAACCAGCAUACGUUCCUUGGAAGCCACCAACAAAACCAAGCGCUCCUCUCCGUUCUCCCUCUUUUCCAGUCUUCUCACUCUCCGCGCCGAAUGUAGGGCCAUCCAAGUUGCUUCAGGCGAUAGCUGUGGUGCGCUCGCUAGUCGCUGCGGCAUCACCAGUGCCGACUUCAACAAGUACAACCGCAAAAGGAACCUCUGCGCAACCCUCAAACCAAAGCAGUAUGUCUGCUGCUCAUUGGGCUCCCUACCAGACAUCAAACCAAAGCCUCAAGCCGACGGCACAUGCGCCACCUACACGGUCCAAGACAACGACAACUGCAAGGACAUCGCUGCGCAAUAUGGUCUGACCACGAAGGACAUCGAAACCUUCAACAAAGCCACAUGGGGCUGGGCUGGCUGCUCCCGUUUACAAAGGGACCAAGUCAUCUGCACGAGCAAAGGUAAUACUCCCAUGCCCGCCGCGAUCAGCAAUGCUGUGUGUGGGCUUCAGACACCUGGGACAAAAAAGCCAAAGGGAGAUUUUACGGGCUUCAAUCUCACCAAGCUGAAUCCUUGCCCUUUGAACGCCUGCUGCUCUGGUUGGGGUUUCUGUGGCACGACAAUGGAGUUUUGUACAGAGUCCCCCGCUGAUACUGGCGCUCCUGGAGCAUUCAAAUCUGGCAUGAACGGUUGUAUUUCCAACUGCGGAACAAACAUCAUGAAUAAUAACGAGAAACCAAAGUUCUUCCGCCGUGUCACAUACUACGAAGCAUAUAACAUGGACCGUGAUUGUCUGAAUAUGGAUGUCAGAGAGAUCAACGACGACGACCUGACCCAUGUCCAUUUCGCCUUCGCAGGCCUAACCAGCAACAUCGAAAUUAUGUUUGAUGAUUCAUAUAAGGACCAAUUUGGUGCCUUCAUUGAAAUGCAUGCUCCGUGGAAGAAAAUCCUCUCGUUUGGUGGGUGGGCCGAAUCGACCGACGCAGCGACAUUCCAGCGGUACAAGGACGUUGUCAAGCCAGAGAACCGUGAAAGAUUUGCUAAUAACGUCGUUGCCUUCGUCAACAAGCACAAGCUAGACGGCAUCGAUUUCGACUGGGAGUACCCUGGUGCAACCGAUAUUCCUGGAGUCCCAGGCGGCCAAGGCGAGACAGACCACUACCUUAACUUCUUAAAGCUGAUGCGGGAAAAGCUGGGCGAUAAGUCUCUAUCUAUCGCCUUACCAGCAUCUUACUGGUAUCUUAAACCAUUUCCUGUUGAGAAGAUGGCAAAGUACCUUGACUACUUCAUCUACAUGACAUAUGACCUCCAUGGCCAGUGGGACUUUGGUAACAAAAAUGCAAGCCCCGGGUGCGCGAAUGGAAACUGUCUUCGUUCCCAUGUCAACAAAACCGAGACACACGACGCCCUGGCAAUGAUUACCAAGGCCGGGGUGCCUGCCAACCAGGUCGUCGUGGGCGUCUCAAGCUACGGUCGUAGCUUCGGUAUGGCUGAUCCCAACUGCACCGGCCCCAUGUGCAAGUUCACCGGGAGCUUCAACUGCACCAACACCAGCGGUUACAUUUCAAACGCAGAGCUCAUGCUUCUCAGUGACAAUGCAUUACUGGGUUAUGAUGGCUACCACGCUAGGUCAUGGCACGACGAUGACAGCGACUCGGACAUUAUGGUUUACGGCGAGGACGAGCAUGCGCAUAGCUGGGUGGCUUAUAUGAGUGAGGAUACUAAAGCCGGUCGUAUUGAAUGGGUGAAGGGUCUUAACUUUGGUGGAGUGUCCGACUGGGCCAUUGACCUUGGCGACUGGUAUGAUGGGGUGGAUCCGGAUGAUCACAGUUCGAGUGCCUUGUUGGCAGGCGGUAGGACAUUCGACGGUUGCCCAUCAAAUAAUUGGCCUGACACUCUGGACGAACUGAAUGAUAAUCUGGAUAAGAUCGCCGUCGACUGUGGAUCACAGGCUGUGGUUCAUGUGCUGCUCAUGCAAGUCAACGAUGCAGUCUCCAACUACAAGGCUAUUUCUUCCGGCGACUACGAUGAAAAGUUCAAAUACUACGCCAAAUGGAUCAGAGACGGAAUCAACGACUCCCUUGACAAAUUUAUGCGUCAAAACGGCUCUAAACACAUGGAUUGCGAGUGGAAGGAUGCUGGUGUGAGCGGUUCUGGGCCAUGCACUGAAAUGAAGCGCGGAUCACUCAACGGAAAUCAGUAUGUGACUUGGAAGAUGCGGGACGAAGAUGGCUUCUAUAAGGACCUGUUGGCAGACUACGGCAUCCAAAAGGAUUGGAUCCAGUGGAAGGGCAGCGUCCAGAAGGUGCUGCCCUGCAAUUGCCCGCAGGUUGGCGAAAAUUGUCUCAUGUGCAGCCCUGGCGUUCAAUACGGAGAGAUUUACUACAACUACCCCUGCCGCAAGGACAACGACGACGACAUCGCAGUGCCGAAUCCAAAGACAAUAAUCGACAGUUCUAUCCCAAAUAUAACGUCUCUCUCGAGCGUAAUGCUAUCUAGCUAUUUCGAUAUGCGGACGUUCACCCUUGAUGCAGACUAUGGUGAUGUCGCAACGUCCUUCAGCAUGCCAGUUUUUAUGUUACAAGACGCCACGGAACAAAUGAAAACAAUCAAGAAAAUCGGAGCCGAGGUCGAAGCUGCCGAGAAGAAGCAGCUCAUUAUGGGAAUUCUCACUAUCGUGUUUAUGGUCAUUCCUUUCGCUGGCGACGCUGCUGCUGCCUUAGGUGGUGCCGCUGCCAUUGCGCGUAUGGCGUUAGUCAUUGGUGAAGCCGGGAACGCAGCACUUAGUAUCGCGGAUAUGAUUGAUGACCCAUCUUCUGCUCCCUUCGCGAUCGUCGGUUUGCUGCUUGGAGCCGGGACUGCGGGACGGCCGACAAGAAGCGCUUUUAAGCAGGCGGCUGAUGCACGCAGAGCGCUGUCUGCUGAUAAGCUAAUGCUUUUCAGCGACACCUUCCGGCGCAAGGAUAGUAUUGUGCAGAAUAUUGUGAAGAGGUGUGCUGGUUAG